AUGGCUAAGCGCGCUUUGCCGUAUAAAGAUGAUUUUUUGAAGUUUGGUUUUACUGAAAUCAAAGAUCGAUCGGGAUUAGUGCGUCCUCAAUGUGUUUUCUGCCUACAAGUCUUGUCGAAUGAAUCAAUGAAAGAAAAUAAACUCAAGCGGCAUCUUAACACUGUUCAUCCCACAUUAGUAAAUAAACCAUUACAAUUUUGGAAGGAACAUCAAAAUAAAAUAAAACCUAUGCGUCUUGACUGUCCUUCCAAUCCACUUACAGUUUCUUUACAAAAAACUACAAAAGCAUCAUUUGACAUUGCUUGGAAAAUUGCACGCUCCAAAAAAGCACAUAACAUUGGGGAGGAACUAAUUAAACCUGCAGCAAUUUCUAUGGUUAGGACGGUCUGUGGAGAUGACAUUGCUAAUAAAUUAGAAUUAAUCCCACUUUCGGAUAACACGAUUAAACGUAGGAUAGAUCUUAUGUCUGAAAAUAUUUUAAAGCAGCUACUACAUCAAGUGAUUGCAGCAAAUAAUUUUUCCAUACAAAUUGAUGAAUCAGUUGAUAUUCAGAAUAACGCACAAUUGAUGGUAUUUAUACGCUAUCGAAGUACUGACGAUUUUCGUGAAGAAUUUUUAUUUUGUGAGCCUCUUCUUACAACGGCAACUGGCUUGGAUAUUUUUAAUAAAGUUGAUGUAUUUUUUCGGAAAAAUAAUCUAGCUUGGAGUAAUUGUGUUGGAAUCUGUUCGGAUGGUGCACCGGCAAUGCUUGGAAAUCGAAUAGGAUUUUGUAAGCGAGUUCAGGAAGUUAAUUCAAACGUUGUUAUAAUUCAUUGUUUUUUACAUCGAGAAAAUUUGGCAACCAGAGCAAUUCAGCCAGAACUUUAUUCAGUACUACAAGACGUAAUUCAAAUUGUCAAUUUCAUAAAAGCAAAAGCAUUAAAUUCAAGAAUAUUUCAUGCCAUGUGUGACGAGAUGGGAGCGCAGUUUGUAAAUUUACUUUAUCACUCGGAUGUACGUUGGCUUUCCCGUGGAAAAAUUCUUACCCGUGUUAUGUCUUUGCGUUUAGAAAUACAUAUUUUUCUAACGGAAAAAAAACACUCAUUGGCUGAUAAAUUCAACGACGAUUUGUGGGUUUCUAAAUUGGCUUUUUUAAGCGAUAUUUUUGGAUGGUUAAAUGAUUUGAAUAUUGAGAUGCAGGGGAAAAAUAGGACUAUGGUUGAUAUUGGUGAAAAAAUAUCCUCAUUUAAACAAAAGCUCGCACUUUGGCGGAAAAAGCUGUCUCAAGGAAAAAUUGCCACAUUUACUCUUUUAAGUGAAUUUCUUGAAGAUUCAACCAAAAUUACAUUGGAUGACAUAAAAUUACUGCUUCAAGAGUACUUGAACAAAUUACAGUUAGAACUCGAUCGAUAUAUACCAGAAAACGUAGAGCUCAGUAAAUACAGUUGGGUGAGAAAUCCAUUUGAAAUUUCUGUUCACCAAGUUGGUGAAGAUAUUUGCGGUUUCCAAGAGGAACUUCUUGACCUUCAAGCUGACCAAGUCAUGAAAGAAAAUUUUUCUCAAAAGUGUCUAACCCAAUUCUGGGCACAACUUAAAGAUAAACCAAUUUUAAAAAGAGAAUCUGAAAAGGCAUUACUACCAUUCCCUACCACAUAUUUAUGUGAAGCCGGGUUUUCAACUUUAGUUGUCAUCAAAACAAAGUAUAGAAAUCGCCUUGAUCCUCAACACGACAUGCGAUGUGCCCUUUAA